CGCCGCGGCGCCCCCCCCCCCCUCCGCCUCCCCGCGAGCCCCGCCGGCGGCUCUGGCCCGCUGCCGCCCGGCAUGAACAUCAUGGAUUUCAACGUGAAGAAGCUGGCGGCCGACGCGGGCACCUUCCUCAGCCGGGCCGUGCAGUUUACAGAAGAAAAGCUUGGACAAGCAGAGAAGACUGAAUUGGAUGCUCACUUGGAAAACCUCCUUAGCAAAGCCGAAUGUACCAAAAUAUGGACAGAAAAAAUAAUGAAACAGACUGAAGUGCUGUUGCAGCCAAAUCCAAAUGCCAGGAUAGAAGAAUUUGUUUAUGAGAAACUGGACAGAAAAGCACCAAGUCGUAUAAACAACCCAGAACUUUUGGGACAAUAUAUGAUUGAUGCCGGGACUGAGUUUGGCCCAGGGACAGCUUAUGGCAAUGCCCUUAUUAAAUGUGGAGAAACACAGAAGCGAAUUGGAACAGCUGACAGAGAGCUGAUUCAAACAUCAGCCUUAAAUUUCCUCACUCCUUUAAGAAACUUCAUAGAAGGGGAUUACAAAACAAUCGCAAAAGAAAGGAAACUAUUACAGAAUAAGAGACUGGAUUUGGAUGCUGCAAAAACAAGACUUAAAAAGGCAAAGGCUGCAGAAACUAAAAGUUCACAACUAAACUCCGCCCGCCUUGAAGGAGAUAACAUUAUGGUAAAUUUCUCUUACAUGCUCAACUUCCUGCAUGUAAAAUGGCUGAAGAUUUGGGCAGAGGAAGUGACAAAAUCUGAACAGGAAUUACGAAUAACUCAAAGUGAAUUUGAUCGUCAAGCAGAGAUUACCCGCCUUCUGCUUGAGGGAAUCAGCAGUACACAUGCCCAUCAUCUCCGCUGUCUGAAUGACUUUGUAGAAGCCCAGAUGACUUACUAUGCACAGUGUUACCAGUACAUGUUAGACCUGCAGAAACAGCUGGGAAGUUUUCCAUCCAAUUAUCUUUCUAACAACAAUCAGACUUCUGGGACACCUGUGCCAUCUGCUUUAUCAAAUGUGAUUGGUCCUUCUGCUAUGGCUUCAACAGGUAGCCUAGUAAUCACCUCUCCUUCCAACCUCAAUGACCUUAAAGAAUCAAGUGGCAGCAGGAAGGCCAGGGUUCUCUAUGAUUAUGAUGCUGCAAACAGUACUGAACUGUCACUUCUGGCAGAUGAGGUAAUCACUGUGUUCAGUGUCGUUGGAAUGGAUUCAGACUGGCUAAUGGGGGAGAGAGGAAAUCAGAAAGGCAAGGUGCCAAUUACCUACUUAGAACUCCUCAAUUAAAUAGGGAGACCAUGAAAGACUACCCAUCAUGACACCAUAUUUAUAGACAGUAACUCUAAAGCAAUUUUAAGUAUCUUUCAUGUUAAUGACAUAUAAGGGACUGAAAAAAGUUGCAAGCCAUCAGAAACUGGCCAUCCUGCCAAUAAAAUUGCAUGGUUAAUAAUUCAUUACAGAAUUUCUGUUAGAGAUUUCGUAACAAGAAUGUUUUCUUACACAAUUCUCUUUCUACUGAGGGUUCACUAACAAGCAGCUUCUACUUUUGAGCCCCAAUUUAUAAACAAAAGAAUUGUUUUCUACUGAAUUUUUCAUUAACGGCAAGCUUUUUCUUUUAUGCAAAAUAAAUUUAUGUGCAUGAUUCUAGUGACUCAUUUUUUAGGUAUAAUAGCCAAAGAAUAAAGUAAAGACUCAUUUUUACCUUGCUACCCAAUAGGAAUCAGAUGACUUAAAUACUGUGCUUUAGUGGGGUCUCUUGGCUUUGGAGUUUUGUUUUUAUUUGGUUUGGUUUGGGUUUGUUUAUUUCUAAAACACUACUGGAUAAUUUCUUUUAAACCUAAGUCCUUGAAAAGUAUUAUUUUAUUUCAUAAUGUUGUUAAGGUUGCAGAACACUGGGGACAAGUUCAUUCAUGAAGAAAAUCAUAAGAUUUUUCAGUUGGCACGAUUUGAUACAUAAUCAGAAUUGCAUCCAUUAAGAACAUACUAUGCUACAGUAAAGAUUUGUUAUUGAACAAAUGUAUACAAAAAUAAGGAUUAGUGCAGUAGCAUUCAUUAUAGGGUAAAUCAUAUGCAAUGAAUGUAGUUUGUCUUCAUCUGGGUCUCUGGUUAUGAAGUACACCCUCUGGAAAUUACUAAUGACACAUUAUAAUGACUUGCUAUGAGGACUAUGCUGUACAUCAGCAAUAGUGGCUGUAAAUUGCCAGUUGAGAAAUUUUUUGUUAGGUCUUCAAUUCUCAUUCAUUCUUUCAUUCAUUCAUUCAUCCAUCCAUCCAUUCAAAAAAUACUGGUUGAGGACCAGGUAUUUUGUUGAUCAACCAAGUGUACUAUGAACAAGAUGCUCCUGAAUACCAAAAAAAAAAAAAAAAAAAAAAAACCCUAAAACAGGACUAAUAUUAUGAUGGAAGAAAUAGAAAAUAAAUACUGUGUUAGGCAUCACCUAAUUCAGAUCUAAGAAGUCAGAAGUAAACCCAGGUAGAAAGAAAAAGCUGUACUGGGCCUGGAACCAAGAGAGCAUAAGUUUGUUCAGAUUUGCUUAACAAUAAAGUUCAAAAGUGUAGUUGAUUUAUGCAGAGGUUCUUGAAUUGUAAACUUUUCAACUCUGAGAAGGUGGAUAUUUAAAUGGAAUUUUUAAACAUCCAUUUGUGUUAAGAGUACCUAAGAGCUUGUAUACGUGGAAAAUCAAGUUCUUGGUCCAGCUUUAAGAGCCCCUUUAUCUCUAUGUGGUAAGAUACAUUCUUCUGCAGGUUUAUAGUUGUGUAAGGUUCUGACUCAUACUUGAGUUACGUACUUAAAGAACUCCAAAAACUGCUCAAGACGACAAGUGUUCUAUGGAAUCAAGUGAUAAAGCUUUUUUAGUACCAUCUGUUAUAUUUGUCCAAAUUUAGGUUUUGAGGGACUACAAAACGUUGGGUGAGUUUAAACAGUAGCUUUAGUUCAGCAAAUUAAGGUUUCAGGAAAUAGAACAGUACAGGAGAAAAUGUAAAUAUGGUGUGAGUUGAUCCUGAGUUCAUAUCUAGCCUUCCUCAAAUAUUGGGCUCCUUGGGUUUCAACUCAGAUUUAUAACUGCCGUUUUUGUUUUGUUUUGUUUUUAAGGUAAAAUGGGGGUAGUAAGUAUGCCACCUAAUAGGAGACAAGUGUUACUUUGUGUCUUUUGCUCUUAAGCAAAGACCUGGCGCAUAGUAAACAUUUUAUAAACACAGAUGCCCCCUCUCCAGUCCCUGUAGCUUCUUGACACCAUACUGUGUGGGCUUUGCAACUAGUGGACUAGAGGGACAUCUUUCAUACCUGUGCUGUGCUUAUUCCCUGUCAAGUCGGUUCUCCACCGCUUUGAAUCCAGCCAGAUCCAGCUAUGCCCACCUGACCCAGUGUGAGUAGGUAGCAGGGCCUUGUGCUUUCCAUCAGGAGUGUUGGUUCCUGGGGCUGCACUGAGCCACCAGAGGAUUCAUAUGGUAGGGUGGAAGUAUCAAAGGCUCCUUGUCCCAUUGUACCACAAAUCUACCAUAUUCUUGAGGCAUGUUCCUUUACUUUUAUUGUUGUUGUUUUAAUGAGGUUUUAUUGUUUGGGUGUUUUGUUUAAUUUUGGUUUUGGUUUAAAGUUACAAGUUUAAUUAUUACUCAGGUAAAGGCCCAAGGAGAUUGUUAGCAUCGAAGAAUACUCUUGGGAAGCCUAUUAAUUCAUGGUGCAAUUCAUAGUUAUUUUUUUUUUUUUUUUUUUUUUCGAGACAGGGUUUCUCUAUGUAGCUUUGCGCCUUUCCUGGAACUCGCUUUAGAGACCAGGCUGGCCUCGAACUCACAGAGAUCCGCCUGGCUCUGCCUCCCGAGUGCUAGGAUUAAAGGCGUGCGCCACCACCGCCCGGCGCAAUUCAUAGUUAUUUAAAGAAACCCUUGGCCCCUGAGCAUAAUUCAGUAGCACAGUAAUAAGUGAAGGGUGCAUAUAUUCAUGAAAUAAUAAAUAAGGAGGUGUUUAUAGGCUUUCCACAAACUGAAAAGGAAAUUGAUUUUAUCCACCUUUGUUCUUAAAGUAAUCUAACCCACAAGAUUAUGGUUAAAACAUUUUCAUGGUGCUAAUAAAAAAAAAAUUCAUUGCAAAUGAGGUUCCUUAAAUGAGAAUGGACCUCACUCUGGGGAACAGAGAAAUUAAACCUAGGGCCAGCAUCCCCAGUAUGAUACAACCCAUCCUCCCAGUCUGCUCUUAACCUCCGAUAACAGGAACCAAGGGAAUCUAGUGUAGGAAGGAUGCUUCCGAGGUAAAGUGUAGCAGGGAGAAGAUGAGAGGGUGGGACAGAACUUGUUUGUGCAGUCUUCACAGAAUGCCACGCUGCUGACACACAGUCCCUGGAAGUCCACUUUCUUAUCUCCCCAAAACCUGACAUUUGAAAUGAGUUGCCCAGUUGCACAAGCCUGAGUGAAAUGCCUGUCAGGCAGCUUUGCUCCAGGCCCUCCCCUUCCCUGCAUGGCACUCGUCUCCUCGUGAGACUAUGAAGUUAAGGAAAGUGCCAUGCUUGCCCUCUCCUACUGUGUCCUAUUGGAGUACCAGACCUCAAACCAGCAGUAUCUGCAUUGCCUGGAAACUUGUUGAAAUGCUAAUUGCUGUUUUCAAAUAUUCUACCUUAUUUAUACUUUUGUCUACAUGGGCCUGUGGAAUUCGUAAUGUUAAUCUUCCAUGUGACAGCUUUUUAAAUAUUUUAAGACGAAAAAGGAAUUUCACUUUCUUUUAUUAUGUUCUGUUAAUUGUAAUUAUGUUGUUUUUAUAAUUUAUUUAUUUAGCGUGUACCUGUCACUCUAGAAUGUAGCCUAAGAUAGAGACUUUAAUUCUGUUAAUCAUAAACUACUCUUAGCACAUAUAUGCUCAAUAAAUACGUGUUGUGUAAAAGGAAAAAGAAACUCCUAAUACCUGUGUCUUACCCCCUAAGACCUACUGAGCCAAAUUCUGGAAGCAGGGCCCCCCAGUUGUACAGUAAGCCAUUUGUGUGAUCCUGCUGCAGUCCUGUUGAGAAACACUGCAGAGCUAACAGCUGGCUUCCACCCUCAGACGCCUGCAAUUUGACAUCUCUGGAAAACUUCCUCUUGCCUUCUAAUGGGUUGAGAAACUGUCAGAUCAGUUUUACAAGUGGGUAUGAGGUGGAAGGAUGCAUUUAGUGUCAGUAAGGAAAGUAUUGCUUAGAAUGCCAGGACCUGGAUGCCGUGUAAGAUCUCUAGGAAUGUGGACCCAUCUAUCUAAAGCAGUAGUUCUCAACCUGGGAGUUGCAGCCCCUUCAAGGGUCAAACGACCCUUUCACAGUGGUCGCCUAGGACCAUCUACGUAUCAAAUAUUUACAUUACAAUUCAUAACAGUAGCAAAAUUAUAGUUAUGAAGUAGCAAUGAAAUGGUUUUGUGGUUGGGGUCACCACAACAUGAGAAACUGUAUUAAAGGGUGGCAGCAUUAGGAAGGUUGAGAACCACUGGUUUAAAGAAAGAUGAGCUCUAACCACCAUAUUUCCACACAGUGCCUUUGAACUGGUGUUUAGCAUCAAAACACCUAGACAAACCAGUGAAGUAGUAUAGACUAACAUAUCUACAUCUCUGUACCUCAGGUUGCUAAGCUGUACUCUUAUUCCUACAUCAAAGUAGACUUUUUAAGAAUUGUUAAUGCUUUUUUAUUAAUACAAGUCAUAAUAUGCUGACAAAGAGAAAAAUAGAAAAAUGGCCUCCAAUUCCACCAUCUGAGGAGAAGUGCUGUGACAGGUGUGUGGCCUCCAGACUCUCUGUACACUUAGAGAUUUUUUAAAUGGGAUCAAAUUGUACAUGCUGUUUUGUAAUUUUUUUCCACUCAAACAGUACCAUGAUGAUCUUGCUGUGUCAUAUAUAUUUCUACAUCCUUUUUAAUGGCUGCAUGAUAUUUCUUCAUAUGUGCCACAUUUUAUUAAACUACUGUUGAAUUUUUAGGUUUCCAGUUUUUCACUAAUAAACUGCUUUGAAGAACAUUGUGCUGCUAA